AUGGCCACCAACCGGGCUUGUCCAAUUACAGGGCGAAAUGAAUUUCAUAACAAAGUGGUGGCUUUAAGCAGCCAUGGGACAGCUAGUAGAAUUGCGAAUUCCAAACCACCAAACACAGUAAAUGAAAUGGAUUUACUAAAGUUUGUGAAGUUGGAGGGAUCUGUCACCGAUUUUUCCAAAGUAGCUCCGGAAUCGGACCCAGUGUAUGGCUCCUCGCCUUUAGAGGAUCCUCCAUCCAUCAAGCCUGCAAUACUCUUGAAUCGAAAUCUUUCCAUAUUUACGAAGAUGCAGUCUAGCGAACAACUUCUGCUAUCAGCAAAGAAAAUUAAAACCUCAAGUGGUGAAGGAUCUGAGAUUUCGCAUGAUCCAAUUUGUCCAAUCUCAUAUUUAAUGCUUGAAUUUAAUAAUCAAAAUGAUUCUACCGCAUUAACUGAUUCACAAGUAAAAGUUGGUUCGAAGUUUUCACGUCGAAAUCAGACUACCAAUCCUGAAUUUAAUAAAGCCAGACAUCAUCACAAGCUGAAAGAGAGAUGUCAUAAGUCCAAAUCCCAAGUAAAGGGCACUGCUCAAGAGAAUAUGGGUGCUCGAACUCUACAAACUCCCAAGAGGGGCGUAACAAACACCCAUAAUUGCAACAUAUUACAAUAUGGGAGGAAUGGGAACCUCAUUCAUCUCUCUCCACGAAUGCAAUCCCUUAAAAGUUUUUUUGAAAAAAAGCGCUCAGCUGCAGAAGCCUGGAAGGCGGAAUCACUAUACGACAAUAAGGCACGAACUCCAGGUGACUUACAGUGGGCCGCACGGCAAUUACGGUCCUUCUCCACUAACAAUAGGUUGAAUUCCGUCACUCCAGGAAGGAGUAAUGCCUAUCGACUCGCAUCAGAUAUGACGGGGGCGGAGUAUGGUGACUUUCUCCGUCCCAAUGUUACGUCUAAGCCGAAGGGGGAAAGGAGUGAUAAGGAAAAGAACGUAGUUUCCGAUCUAGGGACAUUUCACCUUGAAGAAACUCCACCGGGAGACAAAGUGACUCCAGAAGCACAAGAAAUUCUCUUAGUUUUAAGAGACACAGUCGCAAUAAUUAUUAACGACAUUAUUACAAUUGACCAAGGACUUGCAAAAAGGAAUUUUAAACCUUGUUUUUCAAUAGUAGAGCACCUUGAAAUGAUUCCUGAAAUGCUGAUAGCUCUCAUCGAUCAUCUUUACUAUACACCACAAGAGUUUGAACUGGUUGCUGUGGCCAAAAACAUAAACAGCUUGAUUGCAGGUGUACUAAAGGAUCCAGUGAUUGUCCUUUUUAAAAUGAUUGAGCUCGGUCACUACCUUUACUACUUGGGUCGCAUUUUGGGUGAAAAAAUUGUGCCUAGGGACCUUCCUCGGUUGUUACACUCAAUCCAAGUGAAGUUGCAGCGAAUAAAGAUUGGCUACGUCAUCCGUCAGUACUUUCACGUCCCCAUAAGCAUGGACUUUAUCCUUACGCCUUACAACAAAGACCGGCAGUUGAGUCGACUGGAGGAGGAAUGUCACUGCGUUGUCAACCUACUCCAUCCUGAAGAUCCACGCUCAAAGUACUGUCCACCUAGCUAUCGUACUAUUGAGGUGGUUUACGACGAGGAGCUUGGACACUUUGAAAGCUUUCAACACCGUCUGAACCGCAUUCUUACACCUCAGCGCUGCACUGCACGCCUUAUCUCCACUAUUCUUCGACAAUUUGAUGGACGGGAGGUUGUCAUGACGGCUGAGCAUGCUGCUUAUUUGCUUAACUCGGACCAUAGACCGCGCUACGAUGACAUUCGCGCUUUUGUUGUAUCUGGUUGUCGGCCUCGUGCGGACCGCCUGUCAAUAAAUGUGUUGAAGAAACGUGUGCCCACCACACAGAAGUACAUUGAGGCGUUGAGAAAAUCUCUGUACUCAUUUCACCGUGAACUGAGCAAAGUGGAGAAGACUUUGACAAAGAAUCGAGUGCCGCAUUUGGAUCCCGUUUUAUUGUCAGCUGUCAAGUCGUCAGCUGUGCUUCAGCGGCUGUGCAACGACUUGCGUCUCACUUCUUUGGAAAAAGCGCUCUGUAAAGUACCGGAAUUACAAUCCGCGGCUUCUCAACAAAGUGGUCCAAAAUGUCAGCCUUUUGCAAUUGCACGAACCAACAGUCAACCAGGCACAAUCACUGUUAACAUAAGUCUUCUGCAGACCAAUCGAAAGGGUAGGCGUUGUCUGGCUCAAAACCAUCGUGAUGAGACUGUAUUUUGCGAAGUAAGUUGUGAACAGAGUAAUGACGAGGACUAUAACUCUUGCGAUGCACCACCAACUUGUGACUUUGGUGUAGGUACUCACGACGAAUGCCGCAAACUCACUAAUAAGUUCACAUCUGAUCGUUAUGAUAUAAGUAGUACCUUGUGUGAAGAUGAAUACUGUCCAUUAAAUACUAACAUGCCCACCUCCGAUUGCUGUGGCAGAAGUUCCAAAAGGUGUGAGAAUGAAGUUGCGGAGCAAUACCUCCCCAGUUUCGGCAAAGAUCUAUGUGGAAAUGAGAGAAAUUUUGGAGAUGUUUGCGAGGUAGUUGAAGGAUUUCGCAAAAGUAAGAUGCAUUGUUCUUCACUACGCAGCCGUCGAGCAGCUAACGCAGAUCCACGCGAGAAUCUAAAUAAAAUGAUCGCCAGAUCGCAGAUAACACCUUCAUGGAAAGGUCGGACACCCGAUCCAGGAUUACUGAAGAUUGACGAGGCUACUGAUGCACGAACACCUGGAUUGUACCAAGGCCGAAUGGGCAAAUCGAGCCGGUUUUGCGAGCUCUACACGGGUGCAAAUGAAACUGCAGAGGCAAGAUCAAAUAAAAUAACAGAAGAGUCCAUGUGUUACAUACGAGAAAUGUACAAAGUUGUGGGAACCCUAUUUCAGCGGCUGAGUGAGGCCGUUGACUUAAUUCCGUGUAGAGACUUCAGCUUGUGUGGCCAAAUACUGGGCCUAAUGCAACAGUUUCAUGAGAAUUUUGUAAAUAUGCUCAAGUGUCUUCGUUAUAGUCCCUAUGAGGAGGAAAUGCUUCCACUAAACGCAGGUCUGGACCAGUUGCUCGAGGAAUUGGAAGUUCAACCCGCCUUUGUGCUUGUAAGAAUGAUUGAAUUUGGUUAUUUCCUCUACGAAAUCGGCCGUCUUCUCAAUGAGGAAUUCAUACCUCCCUGCUUUGUGGCCUUGAUACAUAAGAUUCAGACUCGAUUAUACCGACUCCGAUCAGGACGAGUCGUCAGGCAGAUAUUUUUCGUGCCUAACACCUACGACCCCAUAGUGAGCACCUACUAUAAAAGCCGGCAAAUUCUGCGCAUCGAGAACUUCUGUCGCUGCAAAGUAGUUCUCCUGCCUCCUGAGGACCCACGAGCCAUAGAUUGUCCAAUGGGCUGGCGCUGCUUAGAGGUGAAUUUUGAUGAACAGCACGGUCGUUACUUGGCCUUCAAGAAGCUGCUCGUGGAAGCCUGUCCGGUUCCCCUUAACCGUCCAAUUGUCUCAAUCGCCACCGUGUUUCGCCGACUUAAUGGCUCCGAAGGCCAAAUGUCGCUAGAGGAGCUGUGCAACUAUGAAGUCUCUCGGCCCCGUGUGAGCAUAGGAGAACUCGCACAUGAUAUUCGUUCAAAAUGCGGACUUGCCAGUCUGCCCAGACUAAAGAUUUCGAAACAUUAG